CCAUAAAAGGGGUUCAGAAAUGUCUCGAGGUUGUCUCAGGCUGUCUGCCUGUGACGCAGUUCGAGUCACCCCGGCCGCUUCCUACAUGUCGGAUUCGUUUUUUCUUCCCAGCAAAAAUGAAACAAAGACUUGCCAUAAUCAGCGAUUUCUGACAAACAAUAGACAGUUUGGACAGGAAACUGGGUUUUACCGCUUGUGCUGGAAAAAAUAUUCUGUGGGAAUCAGGUGCUGUGGACACUGACUGAAAUAAGCCAAACCUCACAGGUGGAACACAGAGUUCCCCUAAGACACUAGAAAGGUCAGCGUAUUAUUAUUAUUAAAUUAACGGGGUGUAAAAUUGCUGUAAUUCCGCAUUUCUAAAAAUAAAGAAUUGCAGAACAAAGUCCAGUCCGUGACACAGCAGUUGCGGCGCGCAGCUGCGUCUCCUGACGCAGCACAGAAGCAGGGAGGCUGCUUUAAGGCGAGCAGAGGGAUGAAAGCCCACGCUCAUGGUGACGCUCUGUUCAUCCAACAGACCGCCAAAUCUGCGCGAUGGCUCUACCGAAGUAACGCCACCAGAGGGGACCGGAGGAGACCCAGCAUCCUCAGCGCGAACACAACGUUUGUCGAAGCACAGGGAGGGGAGCUGCGCGCAGCCGCCGGGCGCCGUUACCGCCGCCGGAGGAGGAGGAGGAGGGGAGCCGGACUCGGACUCGCCGCCCCGCUCCAUAAGCCCGAACAGUUUAGACGUCUUUCAAAGAAGGUCGAUUUUUCGCAAAUCCAGCGGAUACUUCUCCUUUGACUGCGAGUCGCUGCCGAGCACUCCGCUCUCUCCGCACCCACUGACGGCUGACAAAGCCACGCAGACUGCCAGCCCCACCGGCCAGGUGAUGAACCACGCCCUGCAGCGAAUGGCUGCGGAGCACGGUGGACAGCCAGCAAGAAUACUGGGGCUGCACGGACACUCCUUUAGCGCGCGGCAGGGAAACGCAGCACGGGAUAUGCAGCCGGAACGGUUUGGUCGUCAACUCCGGGCUAUUGGCGAUGAAUACAACAAUCACCUCAUGAGAAUGGCGGGACGACAACAACGAGAUAUGGUCCCUCUAAACCUGAUGCCACACAUCCAGCAGGAGCCUGUUGCCAUGCUCUGUGUCGGCCUCUUGCUCCUCCUGAUUGGACGAAUAAUGUACUUGCAAGGCAGUACAAACAGCCAUGACCACUCUCAGGUUUAGCCUUGGGAAAACCCAGCAGACGUAGCAUUUUCUUGAUUAUGUUCUGAACAUAUAUCAAAUUUUUACUUUUUUUUAUGUAUAUAUAUAUAUAUAUGGACUUAAUUCGCUUGUUCCUUCCCCCUUUGAACCAUUUUUUUUUUCUUUGAGGAAGGAACUCUAAAAUGUUCAUAUGUUUGAUUUUCCUUAAUGGCCUACAAGCCUCCAUUCUUCUACCAAAGAGGUGAGAUGACUGCUUCUCGAGCGAAGCCAGUCAUUUCAGCUGAAAAAUUAUGCCUGUGGAAAUUCAAACGUGCCUUAUAUGGUUUGUUGUUUACUUUGUUUUGAUUGAUUUAGGCUUUGCUCUUUUUGUAACUAUUGUACAAAGAUUAUGUGCUUCUGCGGCAAUUGUGCUCUGUGACCCAGGGUCAUUUUAGUGCAUGGGUCUAGAAUCUGUUUCUCUCUUUUUUUCACCUUUGAUGUAUUUAAAAUAGAACUGUGGGUACAAAGUCAAAAUCCACCUGAUUCAUAAACUUAAAAAAAAAAAACACGAUGCCACAUGGUGUUGCAAAAUUACUGUCAUUUUAGAUUUUAUUUGCACAAAGCAUGUCUUUCCAUGCCAACCUUGCAAAGUGAUAAAAAAAACAAUAAAACAUUAGCAUUUUUAGUCAGAAAGGUGAACUAUUGUGACCACCCAAUAACAUUGACUUUAGAUAUAAUAAGAUAUGUUUCGCUACUUGAUGCUACUAUAAUGAGAUGUAAAGCUGUCGUUCUUCUGCAGGCUGUCAUGCCAUUCAAAAAUGUGUAAACUGGAUUAUAGGAUGCAAUAAUGAUUCAAUGAGCAUUUUUUUUAAAAAAAGAUUCUCUACUAGUUUUUCAGAUUUCUUGAAUUCAGAUUAUUUUUAUCUUGAACAUUGCAAAAAAUAUAUUUUAUUAAUGUAUAUCAUGGCAUAAACAUCUUAAGCAACUGUUAUGAUUUAGUUUUAGCAUCAAAUUUAUAUGCAUUACUUCGUACAAAAACGGCAAUAAAAAAUCUAUUUUCUAUUCAGCAUAAAACAAGGAUUUUGCACCUUUUGAACUAUAAUCCACAGCUCGGUCACCCCCUAGCUAAAGCAAUAACUUUUACCAAACUGCCUAAGAAGCAGUGAUGUCGAUGAGUAAUCUAACAAUUAAAAUCAAGUCAGUAAAUAAAACUAGUGAGUAGGGUCAUUUCUUGCUUUGCUGUUUAUUAACCUAUAAACUUUGGCAUUGCUCAGCAUUAAGUGAUAAAGUUUUAUGGUCUUCCAGCAUCUGGUUUUCUCGUUAGCAGCCAGGGUGAAAGUUACCAGCAAGUUUUGGUUAGUUGACAAUUUUCCUUUUAUUAGAACAGUAAUUCAAGUCCGCCGAUGCCUGCCAGGUCAAUAAACUCUGAGGUUUCUGGAUAGCAACCAACCACAGUUGAUGCAGUAAAAGGACUUUUUUUUUAAGUGGUUAACAGUAACAUAGACAAUAUGAACAUUAAAAAAAGCUGUGCAGAUUAAAACUGUUCUGCUGUCAUGAAAAAACAUCAUUGUUUAGUUUUAAAUUUUGAUUAUUGGUGUAAAAAAAAUAUUUUGGUGGAAAAUAUGUCUUUUCCAUUUUGAUUUUCACUCUCCGCAUAGUAUUUGUUGAUCAGUCUUUAUAAAGUCUCAUUUUUAGGUUUAACAAAGUAAACAAAUUUAAAUCUACCAGCAGCUGUGAUUAAUUUGACCACAGUUGUUAAUGGCCCUGGGCUGGUUAACGGUCUUAAAGUGUACCAAAGUCUUAAAAAGUCAGCUCCAAAAUUUUCCAUCAUAAAAGCUUCUUCUGGUUUUAGUUCUGUUUAAUAAGAUGCUAACAGAAACUGUCAGGAGGCCAGAGGUUUAAUCGCCUUUCAGGAGCAAACAGUGAUGCGGGGCAAUCCCUGCCCCACCUGUUGCGAUGUACUUCUGUCAGGUGGUUAAAUAAAGGCCACUGCCAGGGUUCUCGCAGUCUGGAAAACUAUGGAAUUUGAUUUCAUAAUUUUCUUGGUCUGUAUAAGUACAGAAAAUAAUAGUAUGAAAGUAUCCAGACUUUGUUUCCUAUUAUUGUCCAGAUGUUUCUUUCCAUCCUGUCUUCCCGACUUUUUCACUUAAUUUCUUUCUUCCUUUCUGUUUUUCUUUUUUCCUUUCUGUCCUUCCUUUCCACCCCCAUCUUCCCAAGCUUCUUUUCUUUUUGUCCUUCUGUCUUUCCAACUUUCAUUAUUUUCCUUCUUUUCUUCAUUAAUUAUAUCUUUCUGGCCUUUCUUUCUUUCUCGUUUACUUCCCACCAAUAUUACCACGCUUACUUUCUGUCAUUUCUUCCUUGCCUCCUCUGUUUCAUGCCUCUUCCCUUUUUUCCUUUCCUUCUGUCCAUCCUAUUUUUCCUAUUUUUAACCCUUUCAUUCUGUCCAGUAGACAUAUAAUGACCGUAGAUUUAUUGUGAGACGUUAUACUUUUAAAAAUGAGUCUUAAAUUGAAUAAGAACAAUUUCUUGGCAAUGGAUGUACCAGCCUCGAGUAUGGAUAUGAAACAUAUGUAGGAACUGCACUUUUAUGUUAAGAACAAAAUGCGUUACAAUAUUUUAGGUCAUGCAAAAUCGAACAGUUAUGCUGUGGAAACAAUAACUCUUAUUAUUUGAGUAAAAUAACAUGAUACUGUGAAUCUGUGGUAUUUUCGCUCAAAAGUAUCAUACCAUGAGCCUCCCAUACCAGCCCAAGCCAAGAUGUUAAAUAACAGUAAAAUAUCGCUCUCUUUAGCUUCACCAGCUUCACAUUCAGAUAAUGAAACAGCAUCAAACACCUGCUGCUGAGUAGUUAUGGGAUUCUAAUGAAGAGCUACUCAAGACCAGCAUUUGUAUAACAGAAGUCAUAUUUUUCAAAAGCCCGUUGAUACACUGUUAACCACGACCAAAGUGUGCAUGAGCCAUGCUUUGAAUGUUUUUUUUUCAGUUGAAAGCCGUUUUCAUUUAUUUUUCUAAUUUCUUUGAUCACAGUGUCAAAAACAUACCUGAAAGCAGUUUGGCUAAUAUAAAAAAGGUUACGUGUCAUAAAUAAAACUGUUUCUCCAUCAAAAAGCUUUAGUUUCAAACGUUCUCUUACUGUAAUUUGUUAGAAUGUCCCACCAAUGUAAGUUGAAAAGCUUUGAGCUACAGAAUCACCAGUAGUAAUGAUAAAAAAGCUGUUUUAUGUUCUUUAAGUAGCUCGUCUGACAAAUUUUAAAUGACAAUGAAAUAUCAGCUUACACAUGAAAAACAUUAUCAGUUAGCUAAAUCCCCUUUGUGCCCCAUUAUAGUCUGACUGAGACAAUGUUUUUUUUAUCAAAUAGGCUUCUUAUUAGAUACCGCAAAACAAAAUAAAUCACUCAGUAAUCACAACAAUUUCGUUCUGUACGCACUCUGUGCAUACAAAAUGACAAAUAAAGCUGUCUAAGUCUAAAAGCUACCAGCAUUUUUCAAUAUUAAUUCUUAAAAAAAAAAUCUAAACUUCUUGCCUGAUUCGAUCUAAAUAUAGUCUUGACAUCCAUAUAUCACACUAAUUUCUUUUUUUCUUGUAUCAUCUUAUGUUGGAGAGAUGCGUUCUUUGCCAUGUAUCUCUUCAAUUAGUUGAAGCAUUUUUUUUUCUCCCUUUAGGAAAUGCGCAAAGCUUGUGUUCCUUCCUUUUUACCAGUGUUUUGCUGCUUUGCUUCUCCUUCACUGUGACACUGAGAGCGCUGUGACUGCAUGAUGAUUUCUGGUAUUCUGCCAUGUGAAACCUACAACCUCAUUUUGAAAUACUGUGUUACGGCCGGCGUGUGAGAGGGGACCAUUUCAGAAACCGAAAGAUUUACUGCUUUCUGAAACUGAUAUGGAAACCUUGUAAUGAUCAUAUUGUUCGCAUGUCUUCUGAAGGUGUUUCAGCACAGAAACACUUGUGUACGUGUAAGUGUGUGUGAACUUCAGGGUUUUAUUGACUUGCAUCAAGCACUGCUGGAAUGACUGUGUUAAAUUGCGUUGCCCAUUUUGGUAUAUUUUGGCUAUAGAUCAUUUGAAAGCCACAGCCUUUUGCAGAUAGACAAAUGUUGACAUGCAGGAAUGAAACAUGUUAUUUCACUGAAAAUGUCACACAGAUAAAAUCACAGAAAACUUAUGGGACCCACAGAGACACUGCAGUGCACUGUGCUUUUACUGAAAAUGUUGUAAAUACUUCAAUGGAAAGUUAAAUGUUCAGGAGCCAGAACAGAGUGACUCCAGAUGACCCAGUACAAGUGUAGCAACCAGUACUUUUUGUUUAUAUUGUAAACUAUUAUAGAAAUUCAAUUGCUUCCAAUUUCUGUCCUGAAAACAAUGCUUUUACAACUUUGUACAAUAAAAGGAUGAAAUCAUGUUGUUGUUUGAUAUGAUCA